GGGCCUGGGCCGGCCGCCGCGCGCUGUGGUCGAGGGGCGCUCGCUUGGCCCCAGGCCGGAGCGGGAGGGCAGAGCGCACACCAAACCGUAGAGCCGCCGGGGACCGGAACGAGGGCGAGAGCCGAGAGCCCGAGGAGGACUGGAAAUGUCCUGUCUGUGCCGCCUCCUGCUCAGAUACCUGUUCCCGGCCCUCCUGCUUCACGGGCUGGGAGAGGGUUCUGCCCUCCUUCAUCCAGACAGCAGAUCCCAUCCUAGGUCCCUAGAGAAAAGUGCCUGGAGGGCUUUCAAGGAAUCGCAGUGCCAUCACAUGCUCAAACAUCUCCACAAUGGUGCCCGGAUCACUGUGCAGAUGCCACCUACGAUCGAGGGCCACUGGGUCUCCACAGGCUGUGAAGUGAGGUCGGGCCCAGAGUUUAUCACAAGGUCUUACAGAUUCUACCAUAAUAACACCUUCAAGGCCUACCAGUUUUAUUAUGGCAGGGACAGCUGCACAAACCCCACCUACACUCUCAUCAUCCGGGGCAAGAUCCGCCUCCGCCAAGCAUCCUGGAUCAUCCGAGGGGGCACUGAGGCCGACUACCAGCUGCACAAUGUCCAGGUCAUCUGCCACACAGAGGCGGUGGCCGAGCAGCUCAGCCAAGUGGUGAACCACACGUGCCCGGGCUUUCUGGCCACCGGGAGCCCCUGGGUGCAGGAUGUGGCCUAUGAUCUGUGGCGGGAAGAGAAUGGCUGUGAGUGCACGAAGGCCGUGAACUUCGCCAUGCAUGAGCUUCAGCUCAUCCGGGUGGAGAAGCAGUACCUGCACCACAACCUUGACCACCUCGUUGAAGAGCUCUUCCUCGGCGACAUUCAUACCGAUGCCACCCAGAGGAUGUUCUACCGGCCGUCCAGUUACCAGCCCCCCCUGCAAAAUGCCAAGAACCACGACCAUGCCUGCAUAGCCUGUCGGAUCAUCUACCGAUCGGAUGAACACCGCCCGCCCAUUCUGCCCCCAAAGGCGGACCUGACCAUCGGCCUGCAUGGGGAGUGGGUGAGCCAGCGCUGUGAGGUGCGCCCCGAAGUCCUCUUCCUCACCCGCCACUUCAUCUUCCACGACAACAACAACACCUGGGAGGGGCACUACUACCACUACUCAGACCCUGUCUGCAAACACCCCACCUUCACCAUCUACGCCCGGGGUCGCUACAGCCGCGGUGUGCUCUCCUCCAAGGUCAUGGGGGGCACAGAGUUUGUGUUCAAAGUGAACCACAUGAAGGUUACCCCCAUGGAUGCAGCCACAGCCUCACUCCUCAAUGUCUUCAACGGGAACGAGUGUGGGGCCGAGGGCUCCUGGCAGGUGGGCGUCCAGCAGGAUGUGACCCACACCAAUGGCUGCGUGGCCCUGGGAAUAAAACUACCUCACACAGAGUAUGAGAUCUUCAAGAUGGAGCAGGAUGCCCGGGGACGCUAUCUGCUCUUCAACGGCCAGAGGCCCAGCGAUGGGUCCAGUCCAGACAGACCAGAGAAAAGGGCCACGUCUUACCAGAUGCCCUUAGUCCAGUGUGCCUCCUCUUCACCUAGGGCUGACGACUUCACCGAAGACGGUCGCAGCCACCAGUCUGGCCAGGCCUCUGGGAAAAGUGCCCAUCCCCUGCUGUUUGCUCUGCUUGUUUGCCUUUGGACUCUCCCGCACUGGGAAAUCCUCAGAUAGAAGUUUUUAGAAAAUUCUAUUUUUCCAAACCAGGAUUCUUUACAAUGUACAGAUCUUCUUUACAAAAAGAGAGGACAUUUAGUCUUCUGAAUCACUUGAAUGCCCAAGAACUGUCGUUCCUUUUCUUCUCUCCCUCCCUCCCAGCCCCUGAGUCACGAACAGCUCAUGUUUGAAGUUUCUGCUUUGAACUCCAUCCAGCCUGAUCCCUGGCCUGAGGACUUCACCACAGUAAUUGCACUUUAAGACUACAGAGAGUUUCAGGCUAGCGUGUUUGGUAGAGGGAGCCUGGGUGAGAGCAAGGUCCUCUUAUUUUCUUUCUUCAUAAUUAUUAUUAGAUUUCUGAAUCGAACUUAAAAGCAACAAAUACCUAGGGACAACUUUCCCUGCCAUUUUGUGGCAGUUGCUUCUUCCCCUUGGAAACUGUUUUUCUCUCUGAGAUUUGUGUGCUGGAACCCAGUGCAGCCACGUUGGUUUGGGACUGCGCUCAAGAUACCUUCUAUUAAAGAAGAGAUGCAGGUGUAGAUAUGUACAUAGGAAAAGACACGAGGUUUAGCUAAACCACCUUUAUGGCCUUUCUGCAAAAAAAACGAGAGAAUCCAAGCUUUCAUUUCUGAAAUGCUGAGUGGAAUAGUAUGUGUAAUUAAAGUUUCAAAGUAAUUUAAACUAUUUUUACAUCAGUCAUUUUUAACUUGUUGCAGAGGUGUUUGUUACGUCGGUUUCUGGUGGGUGCAGAAGGUAUGCUGCUCCUUUGUCCUUUUCAGAGACAGAGCUGUCGGGAAAACAGCAGAAGCGAUCCUGUUUGCAGACAGACGGGAGCAGUGACACAGGAGGUGGUUGCAGUAUGUUUAAUGCCUUAUGAGUGACAUAGAAAAGUGUCUAUUCACUGCACAGUUUCCUCUUCCUGGCUCACACUGCCUGGCAAGCAGAAAGAGCCAAACCCUGGCAUCUCUGCCCCCCUUCAAAGAUAAAAACACAGAAAUAGAGCUUUGGUGCUUUGGUAGCUGGCUGUCCACCCGUGUGGGGUGCUCCCUCUGUUAGACUUGGGGUACAGCCAAGCCUUUGUGUAAAGUUAUCUUGCCACUGGACUUGCCGUCUUGACUCGGUUUCUACCCUACCAUUGGGAUGACUCUGUCCCUACAUUGAAUUUCAGGGUCACCUUGUAUAGUGUGCUUCUUUCUCACAGAGACGUUAGAAGUAUGCAGGAGUUCAAUUCUGACAUUUCUGUAGAUUAUGUGCUAACUGGUGCUAUCUAAACACCAAGAGUCAUUACUGAUAGACUGAUGGAGAGACUGAUGACUGGCCAGAAGCCCUGAUAGAACAAAAGCAAGCACAGAAACCACAAUCCAGGUUGAGAGUCAUCCUCGUAUUUAAGAAUUAACUUUAUUAAAUGCUGUCGCAUUCACGGCGGUGUUAAGUUAGAACAUUGGCAUGGAGUACCAAAGUGCUUUAUAUGUAGAUUAUAUUUUAAGUUGUGGUGCUUAUGAGGGGGUUUAUUCAACAUGAAAAUACUAACUUAAUGUCUGCCAAGUUUAAUAAAGAUGUGGAAAGUAUUCCCACAAAAUGCUUUUUAA